GGAUUAAGUACUACACUGAGUAGUUCCUUAUCUGUACAAUUGUUUUCCACGCUGAACUUAUAAGUUCGACGUUUAUAUACAUCGCGAUAACCAGAGUCGUCUUUUGUUGCAAGAUUUAGUCCCAGAGUGCGAGCAGUCAAUCGUGUUGUUUAUUUUGUGUGUGUGUGUGUGAUUCCAGGCCAAACGUAACUCAGGCACAAGAUACACCUAGUUUCUAUUUGUAACAAGUGACUGCAAAAAAACAAGGUAAAUUGAGAGGGCACACGAACUCUGACGAUAGAAUGGAUAAAGGCCAGUAUGUUAAACUAACAGUUGCUAUUAUCAUAACAGGGUUGUGCUUUAUGGCAUAUUUUGGAGUAUCCAAUAAUAUAAUUGAAUUAAAAUGGAACACCACGUUGAUUAAAUUGAACUGGAACACACAAUUGGUUGAAUUGAAGUUGGAUACAGAACCGUUCCAUUCGUGCACUGGCCUGAAUUGUACCAACUUUUUUAAAUCCUAUUUUUGGAAGGAAAGCUAUAAAUCAGUGGUUUUUCUAGGUGAUUCAUGUAUGUAUCGGUUGUUUAAGGCUAUAUUGGGAAAAAAGAGACCAUGCAAAGUUCAGAAACAGGCUGGUCGAUGUAACCUCAUCUCAUAUUUGGGUCAACGAAGACGUUCUAACUGGACCAAACCAUCUAGUGAAGAAGGACCUGUUGGGUAUGGAUUAACACACCCAUUUUGUACAGAUUGUUCUGGAUGUAACAGUGCACUUUUUAGUUGUGGAGAAAUCAAAACUGAAUAUAUCUCAGUUGAAUAUGCACGAGAUGUCGAAAUCCAGUCAACAAUCGGGAAUACUACACAAGAAGCCGUUUCUUUGUACUUCAAUUCAAACUUUACAAAUGUAUGCGUGGUUAAUUCUGGUAUCCAUGACAUGGUUCUACCAGCCCUAACAGAUCAACUUUAUGUUAAAAACGUGCAGCUCUAUGUGCAACAUCUUGUCCACACAUGUCAGAAUGUAAUUUGGAUUUCCACGACAGCAGUUAGAGGUGACAAAGGAUUUCCUCAAAAUAAUCCCAGAAUUCAACUGUGGAAUAGAUUAAUUAAAGAAAUGUUACGUAAUAAGUUUCCAAAAGCACACGAUUACUAAUCUCAUCUGAAGAUAGCAUGGAUAAAGGCCAGUAUGUAAAACUAACAGUUGCUAUUAUCAUAACAGGGAUGUGUUUCAUGUUAUAUUCUGGAGUAUUCAAUAAUAUAAUUGAAAUAAAAUGGGACACCGCAUUGGUCAAAUUGAAGUGGAACACACGAUUGAUUGAAUUAAAGUCGAAUACAGUGCCGUUCCAUUCAUGCACUGGCCUCAAUUGUACCAACUUUUUGAAAUCCUAUUUUUGGAAGAAAACCUAUAAAUCAGUGGUGUAUCUAGGUGAUUCAUGUAUGCAUCGGUUGUUUUUGGCUAUAUUGGGAAAAAAGAGACCAUGUAAAGUUCAUAAACAGGCUGGUAGAUGUAACCUCAUAUCAUAUUUGGGUCAACAAAAACUUUCUAACUGGACUAAACCAUCUAGUAUAGAAGGACCUGUUUGGUUUGGAUUAACACACCCAUUUUGUACAGAUUGUUCUGGAUGUAACAGUGCACUCUUUCAUUGUAGAGAAACCAAGAUUGAAUAUAUUUCAGUGGCAUAUGCACGAGACGUCGCAAUUCAAUCAACAAUUGGUAAUACUACACAAGAAGCCGUUUCUCUGUACCUCAAUUCAAGCUUAACAAAUGUAUGUGUGGUUAAUUCUGGUAUGCAUGAUAUGGGUCUACCAGCCCUAACAGACAAACUUUAUGUUAAGAACGUACAGUUCUAUGUACAACAUUUGGUUCUUACGUGUGAUAAUGUAAUUUGGAUUUCCACAACAGCAGUUAAAGGUGACAAAACUUUUCCUCAAAAUAAUCGCAGAAUUCAACUGUGGAAUAGAUUAAUCAAAGAAAUGUUACGUAAUAAUUUUCCAAAAGUAGGUUUUAUGGAUUUUUUCCCUAUUUCUAAUUCCACAAAAGCACAUAGUGAUAAUGUUCACCUAACUCCAGCUUUGUAUAAAUUGUUCGCAAGUUUUUUUACUUGAUUUGUGUACAUGGAAUAUU